GAAUGAUCCGCCAAUAAGCGGCUCGUGUUUUGUUUAAAAAUAUAAGAUUCGAGUUGAAAUACUCUGUAAAGAUCCCAUAUACGGUGAUCUUUUCAAACAUGCAUCGAAUCUGGACUCAGGUGAAUCAAAACUUUUACUGAUGAAGACUCACACUCAGUAUCGAGUAUGUCCGACCUAGAUUUGUCUCCGAGUCCGAUGUCCUGGGGGGACAUGAAGAACCUCAACAACAACAUCAAUGAAGUCAUAUCUUCCUUGAAUUGUGAGGCAGGCCCAGCAGCAGAAGAAGAUGAAAAUGACAAGUUGCCAAUGACACAACCUAUUGACCAGAGGAUUUUGAAAGAUGUUGUAGUUUUUGUGGAUGUGCGAACAGGAGCAGACAACAGAAGUGCUGCUGUGGCCCUUCAACUUGAAAAACUUGGUGCACAAGUCGAAAAGAAGCUCACAAAAAAUGUAACACAUAUUGUGUUCAAAGAUGGAAGGAAAAACACAAUUCAGAUUGCCCUGAAGAGGAAACUAAAACUGGUUACAGUGCUUUGGGUAGACAGUUGUCGUCAGAAUCAAGAGCACGUAUCUGAAGGUCUCUUUCCUGUUGCUGCAUCUGGGCAAAACCUGACGCCCAUGUUCGGUCGACUCAAGAAAAUGAAGUCCAUGCAGCCUAAGGACUUUGAAGAAGAACUGAGGAAUAGUGCAGGGCGUGCUCAAAGAACUAUAAAGCGGCGCGAGAACAAAAUGAAAAAAUUGGCGUGGAGAAAUCUGUUUACAGAUGACUCGCAACCAGAUGAGGAAGUGAUACCAUUUAUAUCAACUAGAAUACCAGCAACACCUCCCUUUAUGUUGGCGAAGUGUGAGCAACUGAGGCGAGAGCGUGCAGAGAGAGAAGCGUUGGCUAAGAAUUCUGGGAUGGAUAGUAUCGAUGAGUCAGAUUAUUCGGAGACAAAAUCUGAGGCUAACUUCCAACUUUCCUUGGAUCCAUCGCCUGACGUGGAAUACGAUAUCAACUUGUCCGUUGGAGAUUCUCCACAAACUGAGCCGCAUUCUUCUCCAGAGGAUAUCUUUAGUCAGGAUGAGUGGCGAUCGCAGUCUCCAGUUAACCAAGUUGCAGCAUCUAGUCAAGACGAGGAAAAGAAAAAAGGUCCUUCGAAGAAAAAAAGGAAACUAUUCACCUCCCAAGAGGUCGGUGACCCAGCCUCGUUUCUCAUCACACCAAAGAAACGUAUGGAAACAACAGUGGAUACGAAGAAUAGCACGAGGCCUGGGGUACUGCGACAUGAGAUUGAAACGCCAGGCAGAAAUGUUUCUGUUUCAGAGUUAGGGCGUCAGCUUCUGUUACGUGGUUGUCUCAACAAUGCAGAAACCCCUGUCCUCCCUGUUGCAGAGCAUAAGGGAAGAAAACGGAAAAGAACAGUUAGUGUAGAAUUAGCAAAGGCAGCUUUUGGCUCUCAAGGAAAGGGAUCAGCCGUCUCUGCGGCGAAAACUGUAGGGGAUGUUUCCAGUAAGGGUCGAAGGAAGUCUGCUGUCAAAGUAUGUCAGAGUGGUCAAGUAAGUGCAGACACUGAUCCAGUUAGUGAAAAUGAAACUAGUGCAGAAACAGCAAACACUGCUCCAACCAAAACAGGUAGAAGGAAAUCUGUACUGUGCAGGAAAUCUGCUGAAAUUCAUGGAGAAGUUGCUGCUUCUGAAGUGCAGAGAGGCAGCAGAAGAAAGUCUGUCAUGUUUCCAGUAGAGGUUUGUAACGAUUCAGAAAGUGUUGAAAAAUCAUCUGGAAGUCAGGAGCAGGUAACAAGGCCAAGAGGAAAGUCAGCAAUUGGAACCGGAACGGCUGAUCCGAUGUCGGUUGUUGCUUCUGUUGAAAAGACCAGGGGGGCAAGGCGGAAAUCGACAAUUGGGACUGUUGGGGACAGAGUCGAAUUAAUUGGAUUAUCUCUGGAUACGGCGGUGAACUCAAAGAAAAGCAGGAGGAAAUCUGCAACUGUUGCUUCCCAAAAUGAGGUUACUGUUGAACCAAAUGUUAGGAGGGGCCGACAAAAGUCAAGCAUAGGUACUGCUGUAAAAAAUGUGACUGUUGAUUCUGUUUCUGAAAUCGAUGAGCAAGUAAAACUUGGUGUGCAAAUCAAAAAGAGCAGGCGAAAAUCCACAAUUGGGGGUUGGGGAAAUGUUGAAAUGAUCGACAGCUCUCGAAUUGGUGACCUGGGGGAACUUGGUGAACCAAUGAAGAAGGGUAGGCGAAAACCAACAAUCAGGGCUGGGGAAAAUGUGGCAAUCCCUGAUAAUUCUAACAUCUGUGAGCUUACAGAAAGCGGUGUCAAGAACAAGAAAACUAGACGGAAAUCAACUGUUGGGGCUGGCGGUCCAAAAGAUGAUAAGGCUACGGGGGUUGACAUGGAAAAGACCAUGCGUGGGAGGAGAACGUCUACGAUGAUGACUAAAGACAUUAAUACCGAAUUAAGCUCUGCUGGGACAGAGGAGGGGAGUACUAUGCCAUCUGGAAGAGGUCGGAGAAAAUCGGUGAGGUUGACUCCAAAGGAAUCUGUAGCCCCUGUACAGGCUGCUGAAACACCAAGCAAUGUGGAGAAACCUAGAAACAAACGCUUGAGUGUUCUUAGUGCAACAAAAACUAAAGUUAGUGGCAGCAGAAGCAGAUUGGGGUGGAAAACAUCAGAUAGUUCGUCGGGUGGAGAGGGAAAUUCUAGUGGGAGAAAGGGUUCUAACAGUCGAAUGAGUAUUGAGGAGUUUAACAUGUCGCCUACUGUUCAUCGGGCCUUUAAGGGUGGUAUAAGGAAUGCAAGGAAGGUGCCGUCUGGUAGUAUAUCUACAGCAUAUGGAGAUGACUCUUCGGAUCCAGAACAUUGGGAGUCGAUUACGUCUGUUGCUGAGCAGCCUGGGAAAGGAAAAGAUGUGGGGAAGGCGGUUGGCAAAAAUGUUUCGUUGGGUAAGAAAAGGACCGGAACAAAUGCGAAUACUGGUAGAUCGAAACCGAUUGAGAGUGGUGUUGAGAACAGGUUGGACACUUGGAAUGUUCAGAAAGGCAGCAAACAAGCUGCAGACAAUACUAAUAGACAAAACAGGUCAUUGCCGGCCAUUACACAGAAGAACAGAAAAAUGCCUGCUGGUACGUCUGAUGCCAAACUGACCGGGAGAAAGAUUGUUAAGAGAGCCAAGAGUUGUUCUAGCCUGCCGAAGAGUCCACUUCCUGCAUCCCUCUACAGCGACGUGCUGCAGUCGAGGAAGGUUUCGGCAACCACUAGGCAUCUACCAUCAAUCGUCACUACCAGCUUGCACUUUGGUGAGCAAGACGUAAUCCAGUCGAUAAUUGAGAACCUUGGCGGCUUCAGACUUACAGAGAAGGUGGAUCGCACAACCACCCACGUGAUAUGUGGGAAAAAUCGACGUACUCUGAACAUUCUGCACGCUAUUACCAGUGGCUGCUGGAUACUCAGUCCAGAGUGGGCCUACAAAUCUUUAGACUUUGAUGGCUGGAUAGAAGAGGAGCCGUAUCAACUGACUGAAUUCUUCCCUGCAUGUCAAAUCACCCGGCUCCAAAAGUUUGUAGAAGGGCCAAAGUAUCAUUUGGAUUUCUUCAAAGAAGUGGGAACGGUGUAUGUUGGUGACGGGUGUGCACCACCGGCGGCUGCCCUAAUAGAUCUUCUCAAGUCAUGUGGAGGCAAGGUCACUACGAGUAUAAGAUCAGCUGAAGUCGUUGUGGGAAAGUCAAGGAAGAACGUCCCAAGUGUCUCCGAGAAAUGGAUCUUAGAUUCCAUCACCAGUUUAAAGUGCCAGCCAUUGGAUGAGUAUUUCCUCAAUGUAUCCGAUGUCUCUCUGAAUGGCGCCAACAACAGUAAAGAGUGGUAGGAUCACUGCGCAAUACAAUACUGUGAACCCAAUUAUUUUGGCAAGUGGGAGCCAAAUGCAAACAUUAGAACUCACUAAGAUCAAUUUGUUGUGUGCCAACCUUUUAGUGAUACCUACAUGUAAGACAUAUUUCAAACAGGGUUUACGUAAGAGGGUAGCCCCUGGAGUGACCAAGAGAUGUAACUUAUGUUAUUCAGAUUUCUAAUGUCAAAUGUACAACUCUAUGGAGCUUGUUGUGUAUUAGUAUUCUGGUUUUGACCACAGCCCAACAGAUGGCAGGGCUGCUUAGCACCACUUUGCUGUAUAUGUACAAGAUAAUUCUACAAUGGAAUGACUUGUGUCAGAAGCUGUUUUGGUGUUCUAUCAUCUUAUUAUAAGUUUUGUCACUGAUGAAAUUUCGCGAAAUAUUCAUUGAAGACUCUUUUAUUUUAUGAGAAAUUAGAUACCCAGUAUACAUUUAAUUCUUCUUUACAAAGCAUGCAUGCCUGUAUAAAUAGUAAUUAUAAAGUAACAUUCAUUAUUUACUGAGCUCGAACCUUUGAUGAACUUUCAGUGUUUGCAUGCUCAACAAGCUACAAGCCUUUUGUACAAGUGCCCCUCAAAGACUAAAGCAUGUCGACGAAGUAUAUUUGGUAGUGUCGUAACUGUUAACCUUAUUUUGGAACAGUUGAGUUGGUGAAUUUUGGUAACAAUUUGUUUGCAAAAUUUAAAGCAUGUUGAAUAUACCUGUGUCCCAAAAAAUCUUUUUCCCCUUUUUUAUAUAUGUUGAUGCAAACAAUUAUUGUGUACAUUAUUUAAGUAUUACUUUAACUAUUAUUGAUAAGUGAUGAAUUUUCUACCUU